GACUGAAUAGAACGAUUCAUUUAUUUAUAUCUUGCCUGAUCAUUCAGUAUUACUCUAUGGCUCACCGGUAGUCGAUCGAUAAAUUUCUUAUACCGUGAGGGUUGUUAAAAUUCAAAGUCGCGGACAAAAUUAGCGGUUCGAUCUCUACAUAACUAUCAUGGAGACGGCACAGCAGUCAAUUGAUAGUUACCAAGAUGAAAAUGAGUCGAGAACCCUCUGCUACCAUGGAGCGGAUCAGCUAGGCAAUUCUUUUUACAUUAAAUUCCAACGAAAUCCGGAAAAAGAAUCUGAGCUGGUAUUGAUAUUGUACAUAAAUGGAGGAUCGACAAAAUACGAAUUGCCGGAGCAUCCGAAUACGGUGAUAAAGCAAGAUAAAGACAGCUGGUCUGCCCAAGGCUUGACCAUGACAGUUUUGGAAGAGGACAAGAGAGUGCGAAUAACAUUUAAUGGUCUUUUGAGAAAAGGCACACGUACGAGCGUCGACGAGGAUAUCCACACUGGACUCGAGCACGUCCGAUUGAAUUUCAUAUUCAUAGCUUCUACUAAACCCUUUUUGGGUCAUGUCCGUGGAGGGAAACACAAAUCAACUGACGAUAAAACAGAAAUCGAUCAGUACGGAUCGAUGGUGGGUUUGGUCAGGCUUGAAAGUAUGACUCAUGAACUUUAUUGUCGUGGAAUGCGUCAAUUUCAUGUGGGUGAAUUAAAAUUCGACUCAGUGAAACUGACUUUGAUGGGAUUGGACCGGAUGGGAAAUAUUUUUUGCAUUCGUGCUCAAGUCGAUAAUACUGGGUUGAAAACAAAAAAAUUUGGACACGUAAUGGAUCCGUUGGACAAUUUUCAUAACAUCGACUCGAGUGAUUUGAAUAUUAAAGAAUUCACAAAAUCAAUCAGAGGAACUGAACAUUUUGCUACUUUUAAAUUUAAAGCUGAUAAAACUUAUAAAGUACAGUUAUCGUGGCGAAGAGGAAUGACAAAAAAAUUAUUCGGAGGAUAUCCUUGGAAUCAUAAGACGAGGUAUUUGCACUUUACCAUGGAACUGAAUGGUACGAAAGGCUUCGCAAUAGCGGAAUAUACCAAGUCCUACGUUGGAACUUGUCCCAUAAAUAUACCCAUCACGGACUUGAGUAGAAGAAGAAGGCAACUGGUCCCGCCACCGCAUGUAAAUCGACUCAUGAAUUAUGUCAUCGACCUGAAACAUCCAAAGUGUAAAGACGAGAAGCUGGUUGGAGGUAGAGGUGCUUCACUCGCCCAGAUGAAGUCGUUGAAAUCGCCGAAAUUCGUCAUACCAGAUGGUUUCUGCUUGACGACAGAUGCUUUCGAGCGCUUCUUGAUCUACAAUAAAGAACUGUUGGAGGCCAUACAUCAAUUGAUGGACAGCUACAGAAUUUACUAUCAACCGAAAGGAUCUCUCGACUUUACCAAAGAAAUAAUCCAGCAAAUACCGGAUGGUCCAGUAAAAGAACCCGACGAACCCGAUAGGACCGAACUUCUGGACAAAAUCGCGGAACUUUUCGAGAUGGCCAAACUCCCAGUGGAGAUACUGGACGAGAUACACGUGUGCAUGUGUCUGCUGUUCUCCACACAGAGCUCGGGUCAGUGGACGGUCCAAGGCAGCGCCUACCACGAAGACUCGGACGAAACGAUGUGGGCUGGUCAGGAUCUCACGCUUCUCAACGUGUGUAGCGAAGACGUGAUCAAGGCCGUGAUCGACUGCUGGGCCGGCUUGUUCAAGAAGGACUGCGUCGAGUAUCGACGUUAUUACGGCCUACCGCUGGUCCGACCGAUCGGCCUGUGCAUCCAGCCGAUGGUCGGCGAGGCCGACUCGCGCGGCAGCCUCUUCACCAGACACCCGCGCACGGGCGACCCGCGAAGAGUCUUCAUUGGCUCUCAAAGCAGCAAAGACGAACCGGAAAAGUACGACUUGCUGAUCUGCGUCGCCUCAGGUCCGAACAACGAGUACGAGAUAGAGUCGAGCGGCGAGGUCAAUUUUCAGGGCCGCAGAGCCUCGCAGACAUCCGUGCACGAGAUCCCGAAGGAGCGAGCCGACAAAUCGCGGUCCAUCAGCGUCGAGGUCGCCCUGAGACUCGCCGAGAUCGGCCGAGAACUGGACGAGCUCUACGGUUCGGCCCGCUUCAUCGACUGGUCGUACUCGGCCGAGAAGGACCAGAUCCACCUGCAGCUCUGCCGUCCACUGACGGACUUCGAAGCCUGGACGGAUUUCGAGCUGACCCACGAGCUCGGCUCGGGUGUGCCGCCCGAAUGGGACCUGUUCAGCUACGUACAGGCAGCCGAAAUUUUUCCCCACCCCUUGACUCCGCUCACCUGCACGACCAUAUGCGAGGCACUCUCUCCCACGACCUUCUCCAGCGGCAUAAGAUCCUGCGACGACGACGACGAGGCCAACUUCGACGACGAGCAUCACCCGAGUUCGUUCUUCGUCGUCAACAUGAGGGUCGCUUUCAAUCAUUUCAACCUCAUGUUGCGCAACCGCAACGAAACGAUCGGCAACAGCAUGGAAGCCGUGGAUUACGCCCGGGGCUCGCGUACGGCCACCGAGCCGGAACUAGUGGACGUCGCCAAACGUCGUAUCGGCAUCGGCGCUGGCGGUCGCAUCGGCCAACUCAAGCUCCUCGGCGGCAAGCUACAGAACUUGUUCAAGAGCUCUCAACCUCGCAUCAAGGAAUUCGAGGAAACGAUCGAGAGCUACGAGCCCGAGGAGUUGAUGACCGAAGCCUACUUUCUGACGGAUCUUGACAAUCAGCUGGAGACGGUGCGCAAAGCGUCGCGAUAUCACGGCCGCCUGUCGCGCCUCAGCGAGCGCUACCAGGCGCGCAUUCUGCAGCUACUCUCGUACAUCGAGGACGAGAUCACCAAUAAGAACAUGGGGGACGUUGCGCAGCUGCUGGGCUGCUGCGGAAACGUCGCGAGCUCGCUACUUCCAAAGAUCAUAUCCAGUCUGGUGGAUCGACCCGACUGGUCGCCACUCGGCAACGACGCGGUGGAUCGCGAUGAAAAUUGGCUGAGGAUUCGCCGGUUCGUAGAGGAGUACGGCUACCGCGGCGUCAAUGAAUUGGAAUUGGCCUCGGAGCCUUUUGAAUCGAGGCCUGAAAUGCUUUUCAGGGCGCUCAAGUACGUAGAUCCGCAAGCGAUCGGCCUAAGUAAGAGACCACACUACACGGAGUGCGAGUCCGACGGCCCGCCCCCGAUGGAACUGGUCCAGGAAAUCCGUUCGCUGAUAACGCCCGAGUAUCGUCGCACCAUCGAGAAGCUGCUACCGGAGGCCCGGAGAAGCGUGACUCGCCGCGACGAGUCCAAAGACCUGCUCAGCAAGGCCGUGCACAACGUGAGAAAGCUCUUCGGCCAGAAGGCCGCCGACCUGGUGAACGCGGGCAGAUUGCCCGAGAUCGGCCUGAUUCACUACCUGACGCGCUGGGAGGUGCUGGAACUGAUGAGGAACGACGCGGCCAAGCCGGCGCUGAUCAGGAAGGCCCAGCGGCGCAGGCGGCUCUGGCCCAGUCUGGACCGGAAGGUCCAUCAUCCGGACUACUGGUUCGGCUGGCCCCGACCCCUCAAGGACGACGACGAGAUCGAGGAGGUCUGUCACGAGUACUACCCCGCGUACACCGGCACGCCGAUCUGCCCGGGUAAGGCGGAUCAUCGGGUCGUCGUCGCCAGGACGCCCGACGAGGCGUCCCGCCUGAGACAGGGCGACAUCCUCGUGGCUCCGUGCGUCGACGUGGGCUGGAGUCAGUACUUUCCCCUGGUAGCGGGAAUAAUCACGGAGGUCGGCGGCCCCCUCAGCGAAGGUGCCGUGAUCGCCCGAGAAAACAAUAUACCCUGCGUCAUGGGCGUUCCCAUGGCCACGUGGGUUUUCAAGACGGGCGAUACGCUGUCGAUGAACGGAUACACCGGUAGAAUUGAAAAGAGAUCUUUAAUGUUUAGUCCUGCAAAACCAUGCAUGCCCAAAGGGACAUUACAGAAAAUGUUAAGGGAUAUAACGAGGGCAGGAAGGUCUUAGAAAAAUAUAAACGAAGCUGAUUCAGAAUAAUAUCGACGUUUAAAGUAGGAUUAUUUCGCGCGCCUUGCGACGAGCAACGCGAUGUUUUUUAUUCAUUCGACAAAUAUAAUUGGCAUAUCCUGGAUUUUAUUUCUGAAAAUCACGCGAAGAUUUACUUACCUAGUCCACGUGUCAAGUAAAUUUUUUUCGCAUUUUUAAAGGAACAAAUUAAAUCCUGUGUUGUCAAAUAAAUAUUUCAAUAUUUAUAUAUUUUCAAAUAUAUAAGGUAUUAUAAUAAAAUCAGUUAUCCCAAAGCUUUAGUUGAAUAUUGAUAAUAGAUACUAAAGCUGCGAAUAAAAAAUUCAACGAAAAUGAUCUUACAUGUAUUAAAUGAAACCAUGCAUUGAUAAAUGUUUAUAAAUAUAAUUAACUAUGUUAAGAUA